AUGUUUAAUAUAUCAUUAAAUACAUCAUCAAAUGAAGAUUUAAUAUCCAUUGCCAUUAGUUUUACAAUUAUGACAAUAGUAUUAGCUUGUUUAACUAUUAUUUUGAAUUCAGUUAUCUUAUUUCGUCUUAUAUAUUAUGGUAAACUUAGAAAACGUUCUUCGAAAAGUACAAGUCGUCGUAUCGGCCUUCUUCAUUCGAUGAAUACUUAUAUUCAUAUUAUUGGGUGUACAACAACAUUUCUCAUAAUGUCUAUUCGAACUUUAUUUGGCGAUUUAUAUUUAUAUAAUAAAGAAGAGAUGUCUCCUUCUUGGCAUUGUCGUUUAUUAAAUUAUUUAACAUCUAUGUUUCCAGCAGGUAUAUAUGGUUCUUGUUUUUUACAAGCACUUUUUCGUUUUUGGCGUAUUAUUAAACCUCAUCAACAUUUAUAUAGAAAAUUUUCAUUUCAUAUUCGACUUAUCCAUCUUCAUUGGAUAUUAAUUAUAAUAUUAUCUAUUCCUGUUUGGUUUCGUUCAGUUUAUUUAUCAUCAGAAAAUUUUUGUUUAAAUCAUUUUAGUGAUACAUGGUCAUCAGUUUACAUUUCAGUAACAUCUGCUAUAAUACCUGUAUUUGGUAUAAGUAUUGUUUAUUUAAAAAUUGUUUUGUAUAUGAAACAUAAUUGGCAAUCAAGAAAACGAUGGAGACGAAUGAAACGAGAUGCUGCAACUAUUAGAAGAAUUAUUUUAUUAGUUAUUGUUCUUUUAAAUACAAGUAGUGCUGCAAUUAUACUUUGGUUAUUAAUGUUUAUUCAAAAGCAUAUGCAUCCACUUUCUUAUCGACUUCUUUGUUUUAUGGUCGAAAUUGCUAUCACUGUAAAUCCCAAAAGAAAUUACGUCGAACCCAUCGAAUCUGGUUCGGGUGACUCGUUCCACGGAACACGUUCAACUCGUCAGGUAUCAGACUUUGGUCCACGGCAUUAG